GAAUCAUGAAUAGAUCGUUAAGUGACUUAACGAUUGAUACAGGAAUCGUGAAUAGAUCGUUAAGUGAUUUAACAAUUGAUACAGGAAUCGUGAAUAGAUCGUUAAGUGACUUAACGAUUGAUACAGGAAUC